AUGAGUAUCCUCGGUAAGGGUAGCUUUGGUGUCGUGAAGCUCGUCCGAAAGAUCGUUCGAGAUAAGUACGUCCGAAGAAAGUACAAUGAGGUGUACGCCAUGAAGAUUAUUCGAAAGUCGGACAUGAUUCGAAGCUGCCAAGAAGGUCACUUGCGGGCGGAAAGAGACUUUUUGGUCGCCGCCUCAGAUUCCGAAUGGAUUGUCCCCUUGCUAUUCAGCUUCCAAGACAUGGCGAAUCUCUAUCUUGUCAUGGACUACAUGCCUGGGGGCGACUUCCUAGGCUUGCUGAUUCGAGAAAAAGUGCUCAGCGAGUCACGGACACGGUUUUAUAUUGCCGAGAUGAUACUCUGUGUUGAGGAAGCGCACAGGCUAGGUUGCAUUCAUCGGGAUGUGAAGCCCGACAACUUUCUCAUUGGCGCUGACGGUCAUCUCAAGAUCUCAGAUUUCGGCCUUGCGUUCGACGACCAUUGGUCUCACGACACUUCGUACUACAGAUGGCAACGACAAGGGCUGCUCUCGAAACAGACAUUCGCCCUCAACGGAGACUAUGAAGACCGAAAGUCAAAUUCGGAUCCAGCACAAAAGCAGAGCUCAUGCCAGCUGAACUUUACACGACACGAGCCUCCUUUCCAAGUUGUCCAAGGCAGCAAGCUACUCCUCAGGGAGCGAUUGGGGCAGGAGAACAGGAACGGAAAUAAUCGUCCACGUGGUUCCUCAGACUGCCUUCUGGUCGAUGAUCUUCUCAACUGGAGAGCCACUGCCACGCGCCGGUCGCAUGCUCGCUCCGUUGUGGGCACCAGCCAGUACAUGGCUCCAGAAGUCGUCAUGGGUGAGAGGUACGAUGGCAGAUGCGACUAG